AUCCUGGAAACCCUAGUGACCCUCGGAUGGGCAGAAUGAGUGACUGGCACAGGACCUUUGCCCAAAAUGUGCUUGUCCCUCCCCACGCACAGAGAGCACGUCAGCUUUUGAAGGAAUCCACGGCAUUUCAGUGUGUCCUGAAGUGGCUUGAGGGGCCGCUAAUUAAGCAGGGGUUGCUGGAGGUGCUGUCGGAGGUUGAAUGCCAUCUGCGAGUGUCUUUCUUUGACGCCACUUACCGACACUUCUUUGGGAGGACAUGGAAAACCACAGCGAAGCCAAUCAAGCAGCUCUCAAGGCAGUUAUCCAGGAUCGUCUUCAAUGAGCCCUUGUAUUUUCAUACAUCCUUAAGCCACCCAAAUAUUGUGGCUGUGGUAGAAGUGGUUACAGAAGGCAAGAAACGGGAUGGGACCCUCCAGACAUUGUCAUGUGGCUUUGGAAUUCUUCGGAUCUUCAGCAGUAAGCCCGAAUCUCCUACCUCUGCUUCCCAGGACAAACGGUUGAGACUGUAUCAUGGCACCCCCCGGGCCCUCCUGCACCCGCUUCUCCAGGACCCCAUAGAACAAAAUAAACACAUGACCCUCAUUGAGAACUGUAGCCUGCAGUAUACCUUGAAGCCACACCCACCCCUGGAACCUGCAUUCCAUCUACUCCCUGAGAACUUUCUGGUGUCUGGUCUGCAGCCAAUCCCUGGCCUCCUUGCAGCUCAUGGGGAAACAGGUGAUGCAUUCCGGAAGCCCCGCCUUCAGAAGUCUGUCACAUGGUACUUGGAUGAUUUAUUCUUCACCCUGUAUCCUUCCCUUGAGAAAUUUGAGGAAGAGCUUCUGGGACUCCUUGUCAAUGACUACUUCCGGGAGGAGGGCGGCCUGCUGGAUGGUGGCACCCUGGAGAUCCUGGAGCGGCGUCUACACGUGGGUGUGCACAAUGGUCUCGGCUUUGUGCAGAGGCCACAGGUCGUUGUGUUGGUACCUGAGAUGGAUGUGGCCUUGACGCGCUCGGCCAGCUUCAAGGUUAGCUCCUCUUCAAAGACCAGCUCUGGAAACCAAGCUCUGGUUUUGAGAAGCCGCCUCCGACUCCCUGAGAUGGUCAAUCACCCGGCAUUUGGGAUCGUCUUUCAGUUGGAGUAUGUGUUUAACAGCCCUUCAGGAGCAGACGGCAAUGCAGCUUCGGUUACGUCUUUGUCCAACUUGGCCUGUAUGCACCUGGUUCGCUGGGCUGUUUGGAAUCCUUUGCCGGAAGCCAGCUCCGGGAGAGUGACCUUGCCUCUGCAGGGCGGGAUCCAGCCCAACCCCACACACUGUUUGGUCUAUAAGGUACCCUCUGCCAGCAUGAGCUCAGAAGAGGUGAAGCAGAUUGAGUCAGGCACAAUCCAGUUCCAGUUCUCACUGAGCUCAGAAGAUCACCUGGACACACCUACAGAGCUUGCCAGUGGCCCCAAGGCAGAGCGGCGGCCCUCCAGGAAAUCACCCACAUCUCCUUCAAGCCCAUCAGCGCCCGUACCUCAGGGUCUCGCUGCUACCCAGGACUCACCUGUGGGACCAGGGCUGUCCCUUUCCCAGCUGGUGGCUUCCCCCCAGUCCCCAGCUCAGCACCACCACUCAGCCAGAGCUGCUUUACAGCAUCCAGAUGGCUCUCAGCCCUGCCCUGCCCAGGAAAAGGAGUUCCCAUUGGAAGGCAGGAUCUCUCAUCUGGAAACUGACCUGAGCCAGACUUCUUCGGUCUUGGGAACUUCCGUUGCAGAACAGUUACAGGAGCUGCCAUUCACGCCUCUGCAUGCCCCUAUUGUCAUGGGAGCCCAAACCAGGAGUUCUGGAAGUCAGCUCUCGAGAGCCUCUAUGGUGCUCCUGCAGUCCUCCGGCUUUCCCGAGAUUCUGGAUGCCAAUAACCAACCAGCUGAAACUGUACAUCCUGCAGAUCCUGUGAAGUUUGACCCUCAAAAGGAAGAAUCUGAUUGUUUUCAAAGCAAUGAGAUAGUGCUGCAGUUUCUUGCCUUUAGCAGAGUGGCCCAGGACCACCGCGGAACACCAUGGCCAAAGACUGUGUAUUUCACCUUCCAGUUCUACCGCUUCCCACCUGCGACGACGCCUCGGCUGCACCUGGUCCAGCUGGAUUUGACAGGGAAGAGCGGCUCUGGCUCCCUGUCCCACAUCCUCGUUCCUGUUAGUAAAGAGGACUCCGUUGACACUGGGUCUCCUGGCCUCCAGCUGAAGUACAUGGUGGACCCCGAGUUCCUGAAGCCCGGUGAGCAGCGCUGGUUCAUCCACUACCUGGCUGUGCAGACCCUGCAGAUUGACGUCUGGGACGGGGACUCCUUGCUUCUCAUCGGAUCUGCUGCUGUUCAGAUGAAGCAUCUCCUGCGCCAGGGGCGGCCAGCUGUGCAGGUGUCGCUGGAGCUCGAUGUUAUGGCAACUGAAUAUGAACAGGACAUGAUGGUGUUGAGCGGAGACGUGGCUGGGUUUGGCAGCGUCAAGCCCAUUGGUGUCCACACGGUGGUGAAGGGCCGGCUGCACAUGACCUUGGCCAACGUGGGUCACUUACGUAAACAGAGAGCAAGAAAUUCCAGCUCGUUGCCACCAUCCAGGUCUCGGGUCAUCUCAAAUGAUGGAACCAGCCACUUCUCUGGAGGCAGCCUUCUCACAAGUGCAGGCCCAAGAUCUGUAAAAAAUGUGGUCCAGGCGCAGAAGCUGGCCGAUGUGGACAGCGAGCUAGCCGCCAUGCUGAUGACCCACACCCGGAGCAACAAGGGCCCCCAUGGCGCCAGUCGUGAGGCUGAUGCUGUGCGCAGGCGCAAGUUGGAGAGGAUGCGGUCGGUGCGCCUGCAGGAGUGCAGAGGAGAGACCGGCAGCCGUGGGACCAGCCUGCUGGCUCAGCAGAGUGCCCGUGUGCAGCACUCGCGGGACCUGCAGGUCAUUGAUGCCUACCGGGAGCGCACCAAGGCUGAGAGCAUCACCAGCAUGCUCAGCCUGGCCAUCACCACGCGGCACACGCUCUACGUCACGCUGGGCACGGCCGAGUUCUUUGAGUUUGCGCUGAAGAACCCCCACAAUACACAGCACACGGUGACCAUCGAGAUCGACAACCCCGAGCUCAGUCUCAUCCUGGACAGCCGGGAAUGGAGAUUCUUCAAAGACGCAGCCAAUCUGCACACACCGGUGGAGGAAGACAUGUUCCGCCUGCACAGCAGCCUGGGCCCUCAGCUCUACCUGCGUCCCCGGGAGACCGCCCACGUGCCCUUCAAGUACCAGAGCUUCUCUGUGGGGCCCGCACAGACCUCUGCUGAGCUGAGCUCCGAGAAGGGCAAGGACAUUGGAUCGCCUUGGCAGUCUAGCCCAGUGCCCACGAAGCACGCCAAGGUCUUGUUCCGGGCAAGCAGUGGCCGGCCCAUCGCCGUGCUGUGCCUCACCGUGGAGCCUCAGCCCCACGUGGUAGACCAAGUCUUCCGUUUCUACCACCCGGAGCUCACCUUCUUGAAGAAGGCCAUCCGCCUGCCUCCCUGGCACACACUUCCAGGUGCUCCUGUGGGAAUGCCCGGCGAGGACCCCCCCAUCCACGUUCGAUGUAGUGACCCGAAUGUCAUUUGUGAGACCCAGAAUGUGGGCCCCGGGGAGCCGCGGGAUGUGUUUCUGAAGGUAGCCAGUGGUCCAAGCCCGGAAGUCAAGGACUUCUUUGUCGUCAUCUAUGCGGAUCGCUGGCUGGCGGCACCUGUGCAGACAUGGCAGGUCUAUCUUCACUCCCUGCAGCGUGUAGAUGUCUCCUGUGUCACAGGCCAGCUGACUCGCCUGUCCCUUGUCCUCCGGGGGACCCAGACAGUUAGGAAAGUGAGAGCUUUCACCUCACACCCCCAGGAGCUGAAGACGGACCCCAAGGGUGUCUUCGUACUGCCACCUCUGGGGGUGCAGGACCUGCAUGUUGGCGUGAGGCCCCGGAGGGCUGGCAGCCGCUUCGUCCACCUCAACCUGGUCGAUGUAGACUACCACCAGCUGGUGGCCUCCUGGCUCCUGUGCCUCUCCUGCCGCCAGCCACUCAUUUCCAAGGCCUUUGAGAUCACGUUGGCUGCGGGGGAAGGGAAGGGCACCAACAAACGCAUCACCUACACCAACCCCUAUCCCUCCCGGAGGACGUACCACCUGCACAGCGACCACCCCGACCUGCUGCAGUUCAAGGAGGACUCCUUCCAGGUCGGAGGAGGAGAGACCUACACAAUCGGCCUUCGGUUUGCAUCCAGACAGACAGUGGGGGAGGAGGAGAUCCUGAUUUACAUCAAUGACCACGAAGACAAAAAUGAAGAGGCCUUCUGUGUGAAGGUCAUCUACCAGUGACCAUGCAGCCUCAGGGCACAGCGGCAGCCUCUAGUGAGUGUCCUCCCACUUCUCUGCAGCAUCGGACACAGUGUUCUGCGUGAUGGCCCAUGGGCGUGGGCGAGGGGCCCUGAUCGUUUCUAAUGUGACAUCCUGUCAGGUUGUGUCAGCACCAGUGGGGCCGCCAGGCAUGAGCACGAACUCCGUGGUGCACCUGUGUUCUCUCUGGCACAUGGAGGACGUCACUGCCUCUGACUUUGUUUUGAUUUGCCUUUCAGCAAAGUGUAUUUUAUGAAUUAUCCUAUGUGAUAAAAUUAUGCCUUUCUUACUGGAUUUUAUAUAAAUGUAAUAUUUCUAUUCAAUAUUUUAUACUGAUGUUUUGUAUCUGUUUUUAAGUUGUUGAAUACAUUAUUAAACUUGGACACGUUUUUUCUUUUG